AUGCCGUUCAGAAAACAGUUCCCUUGUAUUUAAUUUCAAGCAGGUGGUUUUGUAGUUGGCUAAAGGCUAUGUUAGAGGACGAAGAAACAUCUGUUGCUACAUCCUCGCCAUAGUUUUUGAGCUGCUGUCCGCCGCUAGGGUUUGCUACCGAUAUUUCCUUCAUCUGCCUUCAUGUACCUCUCAGGAAAACCAGCAGCCGUGUUUAGAAAGAAAAUGCACGUUACCCGUUUAGGAAAGUUUUACACCAGCUCGUUUGCAAUAUCUGAAUAAAUGAAUGUCUGUAAGGCAGAAAACGCAAAAACAUGACGGCCAAGAAAGCCGCUUUCCAGCCGCUGUCCAGUUCCCGCAUCCCGGCGGAGAGGAAGGGAGCGGCGGAGCGCGUUUGUAACCCCGAUUGCCGUGACUGCUUUUCCCCGCAGGAGCCGGAGAGACUGGUGGCCACAGUGUCGGGGAUUCACCAUCCCGUCGUGGGUGCUGUCGGGGGCUCGGGGCCGGUGGUGGUGGACGAGUCAUCCGACAGCGAGGGAGAACAAGAAGGGCCGCAGAAACUCAUUAGGAAAGUGUCGACCUCCGGGCAAAUACGAAGCAAGACGAGUGUGAAGGAGGGUCUGCUUUUAAAACAGACGAGCUCUUUCCAGCGCUGGAAAAAACGUUACUUCAAAUUGCGGGGACGGACACUUUACUAUGCCAAGGAUGCCAAGACGGGUGGUGUUUUGGCCCGCUGGCAGUAUCGAGUCUCUCGUAGCCGUGUUUGCUGGAGGGUGCUUUCUGUCUGCUGGACCGGUGCUCGUCAUCCGCCCCCCACGCUUGGUUCAAGUGCAUCAGAAGAAGGCUUGGUGGCCAUUCGGUCUCUCAUUUUCGAUGAAGUGGACCUUUCAGAUGCCAGUGUCGCUGAAUCAAGCACAAAGAAUGUCAACAACAGUUUCACGGUAAUUACACCAUUCCGAAGGCUUAUCCUGUGUGCCGAGAACAGGAAAGAAAUGGAGGAUUGGAUCAGCUCGCUAAAAUCGGUUCAGUCCAGAGAGCACUACGAGACGGCACAGUUUAAUGUGGAACAUUUCUCAGGGAUGCACAACUGGUAUGCCUGCUCCCACGCUCGCCCUACCUUCUGUAACGUCUGUCGGGACAGCCUUUCAGGGGUCACUUCUCAUGGACUGUCCUGUGAAGUGUGUAAAUUCAAAGCCCACAAAAGGUGCGCAGUCAGGGCCACCAACAACUGCAAAUGGACAACACUGGCCUCUAUUGGGAAGGACAUCAUUGAAGAUGAGGAUGGGAUUGCAAUGCCACACCAGUGGUUGGAAGGCAACCUGCCCGUCAGCGCAAAGUGUGCAGUUUGCGACAAAACGUGUGGCAGCGUGCUGCGCUUGCAAGACUGGCGCUGUCUGUGGUGCAAGGCGAUGGUGCACACAGCGUGCAUGGAUAUUUACCCCCGCAAAUGUCCCCUGGGCCAGUGUAAAGUCUCAAUCAUCCCCCCAACUGCUCUCAACAGCAUCGACUCUGAUGGUUUCUGGAAAGCCACAUGUCCUCCGUCUUGCGCUAGUCCACUUCUUGUGUUCGUCAAUUCUAAAAGUGGAGAUAACCAAGGGGUGAAAUUCCUCCGUCGCUUCAAACAGCUGCUCAAUCCGGCUCAGGUCUUUGACUUGGUCAAUGGUGGACCUCAUUUAGGUUUCUUCUUUUUCUAUUUAAGUCUUCGGUUGUUCCAGAAGUUCGAUAACUUUCGAAUCCUGGUGUGUGGUGGAGAUGGAAGCGUUGGCUGGGUCCUGUCUGAAAUUGAUAAACUAAACCUUCACAAGCAGUGCCAGCUAGGCGUGCUGCCGCUGGGGACUGGGAACGACCUGGCGCGGGUGCUCGGCUGGGGACCAUCAUGUGACGAUGACACUCAACUUCCUCAGAUACUGGAGAAGCUAGAGCGAGCCAGCACUAAGAUGUUGGACAGGUGGAGCAUAAUGACAUAUGAGAUUAAAAUACCUCCCAAACACAGCUGCCCGGCCACACCUGAAGAGGCAGAAGAUGGCCAGCUUCAAAUAUCUGCUUAUGAGGAUUCAGUAGCUACUCAUCUCACAAAGAUCCUGAACUCAGAUCAGCACUCAGUGGUCAUUUCUUCAUCCAAGGUUUUGUGUGAGACGGUGAAAGAAUUUGUUGCCAAAGUGGGAAAGUGUUAUGAAAGAAGCAGUGAGAGCUCAGAAGAGACUGAUGCAUUGGCCCUUAAAUGUGCAGUUUUGAAUGAGAAGCUCGACUCGCUUCUGCAGACGCUGAAUUUGGAGGCCCAGGUCCUGACCCCCUCAGCCCUCACCACGCCCCCUAUCGUAGAGGAAGAGGUAGAGGAGCUGGAGGAAGAGGAAGAUCUAAGUGAGGAGUCCAUAACAGAGCUGAAGGAAAACGAGACGGAGAAGGGCACGGCCCAUAAGCUCUUUAGACCCCGUGAGCAGCUUGUGCUGAGGGCCAACAGUCUGAAGAAAGCACUCAGACAGAUCAUCGAACAGGCUGAGAGAAUGGUGGAUGAGCAGAACGCUCACACAGAAGAGCAAGAGCUUCAGUCUCCUACAGACUUCAGGAAGGACAAUGAGGAGGAAAACAAAGACAAUGAGAAGGACGAAGACACUAAAGAACUGGAAUCACUGCCAUUGGCCAAGUCACCGUGCUCACCGCCAGACAGACGUAUCAGUCGCAGCACGCAAUCCUGCGGUUCGUUUUCCAUCACACCCUUCACCACGAGCAAGGAGAAUCUGCCUGUUCUCAACACACGCAUCAUCUGUCCUGGACUGCGGGCAGGUCUUGCUGCCUCUAUAGCUGGAAGCUCCAUAAUCAGUAAAAUGCUGCUUGCCAACAUAGACCCAUUUGGUGCCACACCUUUUAUAGAUCCUGAUCUGGACUCAUUGGAGGGCUAUAUGGAGAAGUGCGUGAUGAAUAAUUACUUUGGGAUCGGGUUGGAUGCAAAGAUCUCAUUGGAAUUCAACAACAAGCGUGAGGAGCAUCCAGAGAAAUGCAGAAGUCGCACUAAGAACAUGAUGUGGUACGGAGUUUUGGGAACGAAAGAGCUCCUACAGCGAACCUAUAAGAAUUUAGAGCAGAAAGUUCAGUUGGAGUGUGAUGGCCAGUACAUCCCACUCCCCAGUCUUCAGGGAAUUGCCGUGCUGAACAUCCCCAGUUACGCCGGGGGGACCAACUUCUGGGGCGGGACCAAAGAAGAUGAUAUAUUUUGUGCCCCUUCAUUCGAUGAUAAAAUCUUGGAAGUGGUUGCUGUGUUUGGCAGUAUGCAAAUGGCGGUCUCAAGGGUAAUCAAACUGCAGCAUCAUCGUAUUGCACAGUGUCGUACGGUUAAAAUCACCAUCCUGGGAGAUGAAGGAGUGCCUGUCCAGGUGGAUGGAGAGGCGUGGAUUCAACCUCCCGGGGUCAUCAAGAUUCAACACAAAAACCGGGCCCAGAUGUUGACAAGAGAUAGGGCAUUUGAAAACACAUUAAAGUCAUGGGAGGAUAAACUGAAAUACGACAAGCCUCCAUUGAGGCCACAUCUGUACCCUCAGCAUUCUGUGGAUCUGGCCACAGAAGAAGAGGCCGCGCUCAUCCAGAUGUGCGCUCGAGCUGCCGAAGAUCUCAUCACUAGGAUUUGCGAGGCUGCCAAAAACUACCAGCUACUUGAGCAGGAGCUCGCCCAUGCUGUCAAUGCCUCCUCUCACGCCAUCAACAAAACACACCCCAAGUUCCCUGAGAGCCUGACAAGAAACACUGCCAUCGAAGUAGCCAGCAAUGUGAAGGCCCUUCAUAAUGAGACUGAAUCUUUGCUAGUAGGACGUGUGCCAUUGCAACUGGACCCUCCACAUGAAGAGCUGCUGUCCAGUAGUCUGCAGAGUGUAGAAGUUGAACUGGGGAAGCUGGCUGAGAUCCCCUGGCUCUAUCACAUCCUACAGCCCAAUGAUGAGGAGGAUCACUCACUGGAAUAUGGAAAGAGAAACAGUCGGAGCAGUAUGUUCCGAAUAGUGCCAAAGUUCAAGAAAGAGAAAAUCCAGAAGAAGUCCAGUCCACAGUCAGUUCAGAGGUGGGGUACUGAGGAGGUGGCCGCCUGGCUGGAGCAGCUCAGCUUGGGGGAGUACAAAGACACCUUCAUCCGCCACGACAUCCGCGGAUCCGAGCUUCUGCACCUGGAGCGGAGAGACCUGAAGGAUCUGGGGAUCUCGAAGGUGGGACAUAUGAAGAGAAUUCUCCAGGGAACUAAGGAUCUGGCCAAGAGUUCGAUGGUGGACCUGUGAGACGUGAAGAUACGUUCCUCUCGUGAGCUCAAUUGGAGCUCGAGCGUGUGGAGGAGGAUUGUGGAUAGAGGGCUUUCUGCCAUUCAUGUAGAAAAGCUAGGAGUGUUUUUAUCGAAAGCCGGUGUGCUGGUGCCAAAACGACAAGGAUUGUGUACAAGUCUUUGUGUUGGACCCAUAGAAAAGCCAUUACUCACUCAUCACACAUCGGUGACACAAUCAGGUAUGCAAUUCUCAUUGCACAGGCAAACUCUGGCCACUUUAAACGUUUGGAAAUCAAGUAGCAGAACAGGACUUCCAUGAAAUGUUCUCUCUGAGAAUAGCAAGGCCUCGAAAUAGCAAACUGGCUCUUUGCCUUGCGGUCGAUGGCAACAAUAGGAGGGUGAUGUGAUGUGUCAGCAAUAUUCUGCUUUCAACAGCACUGUUUACAUUUUAAGGAGACUGAAAGAGAAAGACUGCUUAGUAUUGCAAUGAAACGGCAAUCAUAGUAAAAGUGGUUGCGCAGUCCCAGAAAGGUCAAAGGGGGUUUUCUUUGACCGUGAUAUACUGAUGCAUGGUGUGCUUGCUAUAUUUGGAUAGCUGUUUUACUGCAUGAUCAGCGCGUCUUGUUUUUUAUUGUACAAACUAACACUUGAACAAGUUUUUUAUGGAUUUAGUAUAAUGAUAUUUGUUACUAUUGAAGCAUCCCUUUGGUAACAGUAGACUGCUGAUUCAUUUCUGUUCUAUCCGUCUGCAUGGAAACUUUGUGUGGAAAACCAACGUCAUGUGCCAUAUUUAUUGUAAAAUGAGCUUUAUUGGUAAGAAAUGUUUUUCAACAUAUUAGGUAAGUCAUUUAAGGAUCAGAGUCACCCCCUGUUUUUAAAAUGCUUUACUAUCCCAACAAACAAACAAAUUUAGAUAGAGAUAACUGGAAGUCUUAGCGUAAAUUUACAUAAAACACAAGACCUAUUUAAACAUAGCGUUUUACAUUAGUUCAAAUAGGAAUAAUAUAUUAUUGUUUUAAAUAAGUAAUUGCAGUUGACCUGCAAAAUUGCAUAGCUUAUUUGCUCUUCAUACGGCUGAGUUCAGGAACCCAGUGGAGAUUUGAUCGAGUACCUGCGUCUGCAUUUGGUCGGUGGCAUUACAGGGUAUGAGAUGUUUUGGUCGCUGAUAUAUGCACUGUACAGUACAGUAUAUACAUUUACACAUUUAAACUCUUAAUGCCAUUUAAAGCUUUUGUAUAAUAGUAUGCUUGGAUGAUAUUAUCAGAUGACACAUUUUUUAUUUGUGUAUAGAGCACCUUGUGAAUUCUCAUGUAAUCGCCUUUACACGUCAAGUGCUGUUGUACUCUGUGGAAGGUGCAUUAUUGUAUUUAUUUCGAUACAUUUCUUCUCUAUGAAGUUUUAUUAUGUGAGGUUUUCCAUGGAAAACUAAAACGAUGCACUUCACACACUCCUCGUUUUUUUGGUUUUGGAAUAAGGUGGAGUUUUGGACAGACGAAUCAUGCCAUGUUCUCUCUGAAAUUCAUAAAUCUUCCAAAUUGACGGAUUGUUGGUCCUGUUUAACUGUGCUUCCAGGAUAACAUGCUAGAUGGCUGGAUGUUUCCUCAUUCAGACUAUAAAACAGCUGUGCCUCAUUUAUUUAUUUUUUGUUUUUGUCAUUCUUUGUAAAUUUGGGGAAUUUUGAGCUACAUGUGUUUAUGCAUUGGCUAACACAACCAUAGCAGUGGACUUUAGUUUGAUGUUAUUUUAUCAUUUUCCUCUAGAUGGUGAUAGAUAACAUCAGUAGUUGAUUGAAAGACAGAGCGUGUGUGUAUACGAGAAAGAGAGAGAGAGAUCUUUGGAAAAGAUGGGUUGUUCCCAAGUACUAAGAAAUGUAAUUCCCCCCAUAAUUUACCUGAAAUAAAACAAACAGGGGAAUGAGACAAACCUAGAGGACUGGCUUUGGUUCAUUGCGUGGAAUAUUUCAAGAUGUUUUUUUUUUAAGGAAAAUACACAUUUGAAGAGUUCACUUAGAAUUAUAAUUAUUAUUCUCAAACAUAAAACCCAACUAGAUUCAAUUUUAAACUAAAAGUGAGCUUCAGUUUAAUAAGCAAUAAUUGUUUAUUCAUGAAUUGAUUAUUGCAUUUUGUAUAUCAUUGGUUCUCAACUGGUUUUGAUUCAGGACACAGAUUUGAUAUUGUACAUUAAGUAUAGAUGCCACACAAUGUCUAAAUUGUUUACUGUACAUAAAUGUCCUUAAAAUCAUUACACUGAACUUUAUAAAACCUCCCUAACUUAAACUGCAAUUCAUCGACUGGCUGCUAGAGGCAAGCUCCAAAAAGAGUCAAUUCCCAUAUAGACCCCCAUUUUAAAACUUUACAGCAGGAAAUAAUGUGUUUACAGCGUGGUACAAAAAGUGUUUUUGGUCUAUGUAGCUAAUUUUUUCCCUUCGUGACAAUUGUGGGGGGUGAAUUUUUUUUGUAAUUUAUCUGUUUAAAUGAUAUUAAGCCUUAAAGUUCUGCAUAAUUAAGGCCACUUGAGUGAUGGGUGAACUGACACUGCUGUCACUACUGUCGAGCUAGGCAGGCGUGGUUUCAGCAACCAGCCACGUCAUUUUCGGUUAUCCGUGAGUGAUGCCAACCUGAUCUCACAAAUUUCCGUGGCAUAGUCACAGAAGUUUUUGCUAAUUUUUCCGUGGCAUUCUCACGGAUCUCCGCAUUCACGAACUUUCUUCUUCCGUGGCAUUCGCACGGAUUGGUUACUUAACCGUUUUAUCCUAUUUUCUUACCAUUGUUGCUUCGGUUUAGGGUAAGAUUUACAUAAAAUCACAUCCUUACCCAAACCCAACUCUAACCCCAACGCCAGGUGACAAUUGGUUAAAAUUUAGAAAAUAUUAAAGAAUACAUCAGAAAAAAACUGUAUAAACCAAUACUUAAAGGAACAGUAUGUAGGAUUGUGGCCAAAACUGGUACUGCAAUCACACAGCUGGUGGCCAAUACACAAAAUGACAACAUAAACAUCAGUUGAGGGCUGCAAAUCCACUUUUUUACAGUCUAUGGGUAAUAUAUGUUGUUAUUCCUGUAUGGCAGUGGUAGUGGGUUCGAACCACCGAUCAAUAUAAAUGACUGGAUUGCGCAUGACGUCACAACUGUGAAGCCACCGCGCCUCCAUAUUGGUACGCCCAAACAUUUUAUUAAUGGAAGUUAUCAGAUUUUAAUGAUAAAACAUCACUUUACUAGUCUCCGUUUUUAUAUCUGAAGUCUCGCUGUACAUUAUUACAACGCAAACGUACAUAGUUAUUGUUAUAGUUACUGUUAUACUGUGGUUUUUAAACAGUACUUAACUAAACAUUCAUAUUCAUUACAGAAUCAGAUCAGAAGACAGACCACAGCAUGUUUAGUAUUAAUGACAAACGUGCUCAUUCUGAAAUCUAAAUGAAUAAAUAAUCAUGCUUUGUAUAGUAUGUGCAUGAAAUAAUUUGCUGGUUUUGUAAUUGUUAUCUUUACAUGUUACCUAAACUUAUUCAGAGAAAUAACGCUGACCGUGUAGCUCAAGGUCAAAAACUUUAUUUAUACCCGUCUCAUUAACAAAUGCAGCAGACACACUCACCUUAAUGUUUUUUAUAAAUUCAUUAUCCUACCUGAUUAAAACAUAAACAUUGCAAAUAACAUCAGAAUUAACAAUUCAUUUACGUACACAUAUCCUAAAAAUGUAUCUUGUGUGACUGAUACGCUGUAAAGCGGGUAAAUUUAGAUCAUGAUUUUGAAUGCAAGUCAAUGACGCCCUCUGCCGGUUGGGCACACCAAGAUGGCCGCUCGAACGUUGCGCUGGCUUCACCUUACACUGUUACAUUCAAAUCCAGUCAUUUCUAUAGAUCAAAGAUCUAUAUUGAGGAACACACAAACGGGUUAAAUGUAUAUCUUGUAAUGCACUGUAAGUCGCUUUGGAUAAAAGCGUCUGCCAAAUGCAUAAAUUAAGUAAAUGAAACAUCUUAGUGCAAGAUUUUUUUAAAUUAAAGCAGCCCAAACAUUAAUUUUAAUCUGGGGGGUAAGCACUGUACGGGAAACCGCCCCUAAAUAUUGUAGAGUUCGAAUGGACUGAAGACUUUGGAACAUAAAACAUACUGUAUGGAAUGCUAUAGGUUAAGCUUAUUUGUUUACCUAAUUAUGAUUUUUUUUGCAUAAUUUAUAAUUAUCUAUUAUUAACAUUUACUAUUUAAGUUGAGAACCACUGAUUUACAUAAUUAAGUAAACAGUUGUGUUAUAAAUAUUUUAACGGCCACAUGUCUUAUCCCUCAGAAGUGAGCACCUAUCAAGUUUACUUAAAUGUUUGACUGUAAGCAUUUCAGAUUGGUUGUUUACUGUAUUGGCAGACUCGCACAAAAUCUGUGCCUGUAACAUUCUGUCCCGAAAACUCAGCCGGUAACCACAUAACUGAGACAGCCAUCAUUCACAAACUUUCACAUGCCCCCCUGGCCUUUGUGUGUUUGGUAGUUGAAUAUUUUGGCUUUAAGCUUUAAGUAACCAGCACUUUAACCAGUGUUGUACACUUCUAAUCAAAUCUGCAUUUUUCCCAAAGUUAUACUGUAGAGCAGAAAACACCACGAAGACCUAUCUGUCAGUAUUUGAAGAUGUGAACAGAAAUUCAAUAAGAUGUUCAGACAAUGAAAUGCAUUUGAUAUUUACACACAGGUCUUUUUGUGGUUAUAUCUCAUCAUCUUGAAACCUUUCUCCAUGCAGUGAUAUGCUUAUCAGAUAUGCAAGUUGCUGGUCCUUUAGCAAAAAGUAAUUCCCUAACUAGCUAAAGCCAUAACCAAAGACAUAAAGUUUAUCUGAAAACACUUUUGUCAUGUUGACAAAACUAAAAGAUCCCAGAAGCCCUGCAAAAUUCGCCUUAACGUUAUCAAGCUGUAGCAGAUCUUGUAUAUGGUGCCUCUGUAUAGUUGGUUUGUUUUCAUAUGACUCAAAUCAUACAAGUGCAGUCUUCCUCAUGCCACAAUAAAUACAUCUGCACACAGUCCAUUAGUAUUUAAAUCAGUGAGCGCUCAAGGGACCUGUGGGCUUCAGUGAACAUAAAGCUGUUAACUGCCUGAUUUUUCUAAACCCAAAUUGAUUUGAGGAAUUUGUAGAGCAAACAUAUCUCUGACAUGAUUUAUGUCCAAUUAAGAGAAGUGUGAUGCGAGUUUCAUUUGUUUACAUUGUGUUUACAAUGGCACGGUUUCAUUUUUAAGACCACGUGUAUAGGUAUAUUUACAAUGUUUGCAUAUUUAUUAAGAUUAAACAACUGAUGUGUAAGUGUUUCACUAUUGGAAUAUAAUGUUGCAGUAGUCACUUGUAUUGAUAUCUGGAUGAUUUUUGGUAAGUAGUGAGUAAUUUUUAUGACUACUAACUGACUCUUUUUUGUGCCUUUUUAUGGUAGAUGCAUGGUUAACUAUUUAUUACAAUAUGGAGGUCACUGAGAUGUGUAUUUUUGUAUCCUGAUUAAAUAAAUGUUUCAAUUUUUAUGUAAAUUUUAAGGUGGUAAAGCGCUGCCUGUUGAUAUCUUCCUUCUUCAAUAAAACUGAAUGCAUACACA